AUGUGUGUCCCCUGCAGGUCCCAUCUGUGCAUCUGGUGCCUGGGACAGCAACAGCACCGAUCCUGCCGCUCUCCGCCAGACCAGACCAAAGCAAGCAUGGGAAUUGCCCUUUUCUACCUAGGCCAGGUGUUACUUUGGGGGGUGCCCUCGUGGGCGAGUGAGGAGGCAGAGGCCCUGUGCGCCCGGACCGCCUGCUACACCAUCCACUGGGGCAAGCACAAUUGGACGGAUGCCCAGGAGAAGUGCAAGAGCAACGGAGGCAACCUGGUGACCAUGAAGAGCCAGGAAGAGGCCUUGCACGUCCAGGAUCUGCUAGCCAAGCUGCCCAGAAGGGAGGCCGGGCCAGAGGGGCAGGUGAGGCUUUGGAUCGGGCUCCAUCGGGAGAAGGGCAAGUGUUACCAGCAGCACCAGCUCCUCAAGGGCUUCAGCUGGGCCUCGGGAGGGGAGGAGACCGACUACGCCAGCUGGCUCCGGGAGCCCCGAGAGACUUGCACGGGCCGGCGCUGCGUGAGCCUGCACUGGAACCCCACCGCCCCGGGCUCCUCGGGGCUGGGCUGGGCCGACGGGCCCUGCAACGGCUCCCCCGCCAGGGCCCAGGGCUACCUCUGCAAGUUCAGCUUUCAGGGCAUGUGCCGCCAGCUGGCGCUGGCCGGGCCCGGCAGCGUCACCUACACCACCCCCUUCGGCUUGGACAGCGCCUCCCUGGCGGCCGUGCCCUUCGGCUCCCAGGCCGCUGUGUCGUGCCAAGGCCAGGCGCCGGGACCCUUCCUGGUGUGCAGGGCGCAGGCGGGCGGCGGGUUCGAGUGGAGCAGCCCGGGCCCCCUGUGCGCCUCGCCCCGCUACGGCUGCGCCUACAGCAACGGGGGCUGCCAGCACCAGUGCCUGGAGCUGGCGGGCGGCUCUUUCCGCUGCGCCUGCAACGCGGGCUACCUGCUGGGCGGGGACCUGCUGUCCUGCUCGCCCGUGGACUACUGCAGCGCCCAGCCGUGCCAAGGGCAGGGCGAGUGCCUGGGCCGGCCGGGGGGCUUCGAGUGCCUCUGCCCCGCGGGCUACGCGCUGGCCGGGGACGGGGUGAGCUGCGCGGACGUGGACGAGUGCUUGGGGGAGCCCUGCCAGGGCGGCUGCGUCAACACGGCGGGGGGCUUCGCCUGCACCUGCCCGCCGGGCUACGAGCCCGCGGGGCCCGGCGGCCGCCGGUGCCGGGACGUGGAUGAGUGCGCCCAGGGCGCGCCCUGCGCCCAGCUCUGCACCAACACGCCGGGCUCCUUCCUCUGCGCCUGCCGGCCGGGCUACCAGCGGGACAGCGACGGGGCCAACUGCCGGGACGUGGACGAGUGCCUGGGGGAGCCCUGCCAGGAGCGCUGCGUCAACCAGCCCGGCAGCUACCAGUGCCUCUGCCCGCCGGGCUGGGCGCUGGCCCCCAACGGCGUCUCCUGCCUCUCGGGCUCCAGCCCCACCACCCCCGGCAGCGCGGCCCCGUCCCUGCGCCCCCCAGGAGAAGAGGAGCCGGCGGCUGGGGGUGGACACCCGCCGGGCACCCACCCUGCUACCGAGAGCCCAGCCCCGCGCUCUGAUCCAACCAUCCGAGCCCAGCCAGGCGGAGCAGAGCCCAGCACCCUCCAGCCAGCUGCCGUCAGCAGCGCGGCAGGGCCUGGGGAACCCAUGAUGAAACCCGACGCUGACCAGGCCACCGACGGCCCCAAACUGCUCCUGUACUAUAUCCUGGGCAGCGUGGUGGUUAUCCUGCUGCUGAUCGCUUUUGCCCUGGGCUUGCUCAUCUAUAGGAAGAGGAAAGCCAAGAACGAAAAGAAGAAAGCCAGGAGUGCCACAGACAACUACUGCUGGGUGCUUGAGCAGGCAGAGAAAAAAGCAGUAGACAAUGACUACAGGUAA